AUGUACUUCCCACCUUCACGCUGUGUGGGAGAAGCACCCUCAGUUUUGGGAAUACAUCAGUCACCCGAGUUCUACUACUCCAAUGAGAUUCUGUCGCUCACUGCACUCCCCUCCGUCCCGCAAAUCUUCGUCCGCCCGGCGAACGACCGCAAGCGCGCUGACGAGAUGAAGCAAUUCUUCGCACACCCUAAGGGAGAUCAUCUGACCAUGCUCAACGUCUAUCACGCAUUCAAGGGUGAGGAGGCCCAGCUACGUCCUAGAGAAAAGGCAGACAAAGUUUCCGUAAAGCUCUUGGAGAAAGUGGGUGAAGACUUUGUCGCUCGCCCGAAUCGAAUGCAACUAGUCUAG